AUGCCCAGUGCAAAGAGAGGGUUGUCCGCAGAUACUGAAAGCAAACUGGUGGAAAGCCAUUCUGGCGUCGACGUACAGCAAUCAAGGCCAAUAGGACCAGGCCGAAGGGCUAGGCGGUGCUUGGCGCGGAGCAUCUCGACACGCUUAACUAGACAUCCUGGCGUCGACGUACAGCAAUCAAGGCCAAAAAUUAGGACCAAGCCGAAGGGCUGGGCAGAACAACAGCAGGCGUUGGAGCUCAAGGGCGUCGUAAUGGCAUGUCUCUACGUUACAAAAUGGGUAUCGCUGUGCGUUGGACUGCAUCUCAAAUUAUGUAGGAUCGCUCACCAGGCCAUGUCUUAUCACUGCUCCCAAUCCCAAGUUGGAUUUGAAGAUAAUCCAAACGCUUGUGCAACUCGCACAGCCACAUAUCUUACAAUAAAAUACCCUACCGCCACCCAGUCGGGCCACCUUGAAGAACACCAAAAAUUACCAAGUUUGCAUGGUAAUAUCUCCACAACAACUUUAAAGUUUUGGAGUGUGGCCCGACUGGGAGGCUGGCCCGACCGGGUGGCCAAUACGUUAGCCCGGAUCAGUGGUUCGCUUCCGCUGGAAGUACCAAUCGACAGGGCGGCACUACAUGAAACUGCGCGCCGCAGCGCGCAUAGGGCUGAUGAUGACUUCAUGGUAUCGGAGGGAGGUUGUGAGGGCGCUGUACAAAUCAGGCGCGGAAGCGACAAUGCAAGCGUAAUUUUUAGGCAAACUUUCCGGUUGCUGAAAGUCAAAGUACCCCUCAUUUGUCUCGCCACACAGUGCGUCUUGCUACGCACGGUCAACUUGGAAGCCUUUUGUUAUUUUGGGCUCAUGUCACAUCUUCGCAACAUUUCAGCGACAUGGUUAAUGACCUGUACUCAACUCUCCUAUCCAAUCGCACUUACUAACAUUAGUCUCUCCAUCCAAACUCUAUGCUCUAAACUAGAAUUCACCCGUAAACGAAGCCGCCGCCUCAGCAGCCUUCGGGUAACCUCUAUCCUUACGACACCAGUCUACCCGCUCUGGGUUGUUAGAGCUGUUUCAUAUUCACUUAUGUGUUGCGGAGUGGAGAGAGGAACGGCGGAGAUAGGAAGCGUGAACACCACUGAUCCCUACCAUGCCGAGCUGAGCCACCUUCCAGGAUAUCCUAGGUUUAAUAGUGUCCAAAAGAUAGGCUCCGUUUCUCAUAUAUUAAAAACAGAACAAAUGGGGCAUCUGUAA